AUGAUAUGGAGAUUAAAAUUUGCUAUUAGAACUUAUAAGGAUUCAUCAUUCCUUUGGCAUCUUCUUUUAUAUCUAUUUAAACAAGAUGAAAAGCUCAUAUAUAAUGAUUUGACAUUUGAGGAUAUAAGACGAAUAUUAUUAACAAACUCUACUCAAGAAUUUGUCGAUUUGAAAAAUAAUCAUGUACACAUUAAAGAAGGAAUACAAGUUCAAAAUUCAAAUUUAACACUUUGUACAUUACAAUAUUUGAUAAGAAUAGGAUGUGAACGGAAUGAAUCUUUAAAAGAAGCAAAAUUUUGGUUAAAAACAAUGAAAAACUUAGGGUUCCCACCAACGUUACCAGAUUAUCUUAACAUUAUUAAUCAAACCAUCAAUUUAAAGGAUUUCGUUGAUGCUCGUGUAUAUAUAAUGAAAUUAAUUGAGGAUGGUCUUAAUCCAACUAUAAAUAAUAUAGAUGAAUAUCUAAGGAACAUGAGCAAUAUAAAAUUAGAUUUGGUUGAAACAUUUUACCAAGAAUCUUUUAGUGAAGGAUAUUUUGAGAAAAAUAAAAAUAAUUAUAAUUGGUUACUUUUAUCAUACGCAAAAAGAAAUGAUACAAGUCACGUAGCGAAAUAUUUCAAUGAGAUGUGGUAUAAUAAAAGAAUAUAUCCUGACUCCUUGUCAUUUCAAAGUUUAAUAGCAGCUCAAAUUGGAAUUUAUGGAGACAGUAGAAAAUAUCCUAAUUACGCUGAAGUUUUAAGGGUAGCACUCAAUGUUUAUUACAUUAUGAAAAGAGAUUUUUGUUUGCAACCAAAUUCUUUUAUUAAUUAUUCUUUAUUACGAAGAAUAGUUUCUCCCACAUUUGAAUUUAAAUUAGAUGAUUAUAGUGUUCUUUGUGAAUUAACUGAAGGAUUAUUAUUAUCUUGUCAAAAAGAAAAUAAUUUAAUUCGAGAUAGAGUGAAUGAAAAAUUUUUGCUUAGAAUAUUUGAUAACCUUUUACUUCAUAAAUAUUUAAAAGAAGCUCAAUUAAUAUAUAAAGAAUUUUGUAAACAAGAAUCUGAAAAUGGAAUGGAAAUUUGUGCAAAAAAAUUGUUAGAAACAUAUGCAAAUUUAUAUGAUCCAAAUACAGCAAAAAUAUUUUUAUUUGAAUUAAUAUCCAAAAAAUUUAUGCCACACCCAAGAUUUUAUAGAUUAAUACUUGAAGGAUAUUUAGAUAAUAAUGAUCUAAUAUCUGCUUUAAAUUUUUAUGAGAUUAUUAAAGAACAUGGAAUAAUACCAAAUGAAGUAAGUUAUUUGAAAUUUAUUAAAAUAUUAGUAUAUAAUCAAGAGAUCAAGAAAGCGAAAGAAAUUUUUAAAGAUAUUGUUCAAUUUUAUAAAGAACCUUGUAUAGAAAUAUUUAACACAAUUAUUCAUGGAUUUUAUAUAAUGAAUGACAAUAUUUCAGCACAAGACUUUAUCAAAGAUAUGAAAACCAAUUAUCAUAUAAAACCUAAUAUAUCUACUUAUAAUGUACAAAUUCAAGGAUAUGGUAGAGUGAAAUGGUGUAGUAUUAAAGGAUUUGAAAAAAUUUAUGAAAAUAUGAUAAAUGAUGGGAUUCAACCAGAUACUAUAACAUAUAGAAAUUUGAUUGUGACAAGUAUUAAACUUGGACAUAUUGAAGGAGCGAAAAAAUAUUUUCAAGAAAAUGUAAAAUCACAAGUUAAGGUAAAUUUUAGAGGUGGAAUUACAUUAAUGAAUGCUUUAGCAGCUACAGGAAAGAAAUCUGAUAUGCGAUUUUGUUGGGAUAUUUAUCAAAAAUUAAAAGCUUCUUUCGCUGGCAAAAAAGUGGAUAGACAAGUUUUCGAAACAUUAUUAUUUGGAAUAUAUAAAUCAGAAAGUUUAAAGAUGAUAGAAUUAGUUAAAGAGGAAAUUGAAAAAAAUGGAUAUAAUAUUGACGUGUUGUCAAAGUUUUUAGUAAAAUAA